ACUGAAAGAGCGGCAAGCCAAUUUGGCCUGCUCUCGGCGCGUGUUAUUGGUUUCUGGAACUUGCAGUUUGCUUAUUUCUUCAACUCCAAACGCGUCUGUCGGCUCGCCGGUUUAUUGAAAUCUAGUGCAGAGUUUUCAUUGCUUGAAUAAGGAAAAAGGAGAUGGGCCAACUUUUAAAUCCAUUUAAAGGAUCUAUUUUCGUUAGCAAAGCAGUUGCUCAAGAUUCACCAAAGUUAUAUUAUCAGAAUCUAUUUCCCUACUUCACAAAGUAUGAUAGAUAUCAUGCUGUCUUAGCGUCAACGGAAGCACGACGUUGGGGGGUAGUCUAUUGUAAGAAGAACACGGUGAACUCGGAGGACCAUGCUCCUAGUUGGUGGAACUUAGAGGCUGUUCCACAUGUGCAAACUCUUAGAGAGUUUCCUAGGGAAGAACUUGCCGGAAAAGUUGUCACGGUCAGGUUUGAUUCAACCCUACUGCUAAUGGAAGAAAUCGACCUAAGGAUUAACUUGGUGAAGAAUGCAAUCUUCACCGUUAAAUACUUGCACAAGUCUGGAGCAAAAGUGAUACUUGCCAGCAACUGGAAUACAAACUCUAUUACAAGACAUCCCAAUAUGGAGUCUGUAGCUGAUUAUUUGACCUCUGUUCUUCAACUCAAAGUUCUCCCAGUACAGUGCAGUUCCAUUAGUAUGAUGUCGACCAAAGAAUGCUUCGAGAAAGUCGACAUUCUUCUUCUCCAGAAUCUUUCAGAGUUCAAAGAAGAAGUUGCCAAUUGCUCAAAAUUUUCCAAGCUGCUAUCUUUAGGUGUUGAUAUUUUUGUUAAUGACUCCUUCUCCCAAUCUCAUAGAAUUCUUGCAUCCACAGUUGGGAUUACUCGUUUCUGUUGUACCUGCAUUGCUGGUUUUAGCUUUCAAGAAAGUUUAUGUCAGCUAAAGGAGGCUGCACAAACCAAGAGGCAACCUUACGUUGCAAUUAUUGGAGGAGGCAACCUCUUAGACAAGGUGUCUGCCUUGCACCUUUUAGCUUCCACAUGCUCUGCGUUGGUCUUUGUUGGAAUGAUGUCAUUUCAGAUAAUGCAUGCCUUGGGGCUGCCUGUUUCUUCACGGCUGGUGAAUCAUAGUGUAUGUAAGGAAGCUGCAGACGUAUUUCAGUUUUCACUUGAUAAAAGCGUACAAAUUGUGUACCCAAAGGAUUUCUGGUGCAAGAAUGUAGACACUUCAAAGAAAAUGGAAAUAUUUGCUUCUCAUGAUAUUCCAGAUGGCUGGCUACCGGUCGAUCUUGGUCCGACAUCAUUGGAUGAAAUAAACGCCCUGCUAAUGAAGAGCAAGAAAAUUAUAUGGAUUGGUCCAGUGAAAUUCUUUAAUUCAAGCCAAAGUACGGGUGGAGCUUCUAUAUUAGCAAGAAAGCUAUAUGAUCUAAUCCAAAGUGAUUGUGAUGUAACUGUUGUUGGAACCACAGCAUGCAAAUCACUGAUGCAGGAAUCAAGUACUUUACCUGCUUGUAAUGUCUUUGAGAAUGCUUCUGUUGUGUGGGAUUUCUUGAAAGGGAAACAACUUCCAGGGGUUCUGGCCUUGGAUAGAGCAUACCCAUACAAGAUUAACUGGGAUGCAGUCUUUUGUGAUAUAGCUCUGCCUUUGGUGGUUGACAUUGGAAGUGGUAAUGGGAUGUUUCUUCUGGAAAUGGCCAGAAGAAGGAAGGAUCUCAAUUUUCUUGGUCUAGAGAUUAAUGAAAAGCUUGUGAAACGUUGUCUACAUUCUGUUUGUCAACUGGAGAUGCGGAAUGGGCACUUUAUCGCGACCAAUGCAACGUCAACGUUUCGCUCCAUUGUAUCUAGCUACCCAGGGGAGUUAGUGCUUGUCUCUAUACAGUGUCCCAAUCCUGAUUUCAAUAAACCAGAGCACAGAUGGAGGAUGCUGCAAAGGUCAUUAGUGGAGGCAGUGGCAGACUUGCUUGCAGCUAAUGGGAAGGUGUUUCUUCAGUCCGAUGUUGAAGCUGUUGCUUUAAGAAUGAAGGAAGCUUUCUUACUAUAUGGAAAAGGAAAACUAUCUGUUUUUCAAGAUCAAGUUGGGGAAGGAUGGCUAAGUGAGAACCCAUUUGGAGUAAGAUCGGACUGGGAGCGUCACGUAUUAGAUCGUGGGGAUCCUAUGUUCAGGAUAAUGCUAUCAAAUUCAACUACAGUCAAUGAAGCUCAUCUUGAGCCAUGAAAGUAUACUGUAACUGGUCUUCCGGUUCAUGAACUUUCAACUUCGUGUUUUACUUAAUCAAUGGAGGCGGUUCUCAUCAAUCAAGUUCAUGGUUGCUAGGCAGUCCACGUUGCCUCAUUCUUAAUAACUCGACUCGGGGUUGCAAGGCAGUUGUCAGUCGCUUUUGUACUAAUAAUUGAAUUAGCUGCUGCAUGUUAACCAACCAUGAAGAAUAUGACAACUUUUUUAUUCUCU